UCGAAACCUUGUAGAGGUCAGGUCAGGGGUUCGAAUCCCGGCGUAAGCGAACUUUUCUUGCAAAGUGAGUUUUUCUCUCGCUUCCGCUCUUGUCCUAGUGGAUAGCGCUAGUUCGUGUGUACACAGAGGGAAGAGAGUGCUGAACUCUUCUCGCAUUAAAAAUCGAAGGCAAAGUACCGCAGGAGGGGAGGGUAGAGCGGGGCUCUUCUGUGUGACCAGGGGUUGGAGUAAACGAUACUAGUCUAGUGCCACUAUCAAGUACAAUACGAAUCGCGAAAGCGGCACAAUUGGCUACACAAUUUUCACCGGACACCCCCGCUGAAGGACGCACACUUCUCAGGCACAGAGGCCAAUCAUGUAGUACCCCCCUCCCUUGCAACAACGCUGCGCUCUCUGUCGGUGAUCUACUACUCUUCCUCUCCCGACCUCUCACCGCUACAGAGAAAGAUCCUCAACCCGACAAGAAGCCACCCAAGCUACGUAAGGGGGUAAGGAGCCGGGCGGCCCACGCCAGAUCGUCACAUCCUAGGAUUUUGCGCUCUGCUGAGCGUACCGGGGCUACAACCGUCGCCGCCACCGCCACCGCCGCCGCCGUUUCCAUGGGAAUCGCGCGGUUGGUGAUCGAUGCCCUCAUCCUCGUCUUUUCCUCAGCAUAUGCCUUGAUCAGCCUUGGCUACGUCGCGACCAUGUGGCACUUGCGGAAGAACUUUUUCAUCGUGCUACGGUCUCCUAUUUUGGCAUGCACGAGCGGGCUCGGCAUCACCGUGCGCUACAUAGUUACAAUUUACGGUUUGGUGCUGGGGCGAAACUUGGAAAUCUUGAACCUCAUCGGCUUCCCAGCGCUGUUGAUUGCCGAGAUAGCGGUGAUUCUGACGGCAUUGCGGCUGUUUGUCAUGUACUACCCCAGCACAAGAGCCAAGUACGGAAGAGUGACCAGAGAAAAGCCAUGGGCCUGCGGAUUAGCAGCCACCUACCUUUUGGUGGAAAUGGUGGUGUGGCUGGCAGCUGCAAUGCAGGGGACCAAGAGAGUUGCUGUCGUCAUGACGAACCUGGCCCCGCUCUCGGCGUUCGUCACUCUCAUGGCGGUGGUAUGCCUCGGCCGCCAGUUGAAGCGGAUCCACGACCUCAGCAACAUGGGCCGGGAUAUUCGCCUGGUUGGGAUAAUUCUGCUAAUAUGUUUACCCGUGUUCACGGCGAUCCGGGUGCUGUGGGGCUCUAUCCUGGCGUUUAAGUACUUCUUCGUCAUUUUCAUUACCAUAUCGCACCCGCCCAUCGUCUGGAUUUUGAACAUCAGACCCAUCCAAGAGGUCCUGCAUCACGCCCCAAGAAAUAGCAUUCCCAAAGGUGUACAGGUGCUGCUGGCGUUAUCGUCGAGGAGGAGGGGGGGGAUCACUUCAACUAUCGUCGGCGAGGCCGUUACCCCGGAUGUUUCGCAGAAUCCGAGUCGACACAGCCGCGAAUCUUACGUCGAAUCGAACAGGCUCGCCGGCAUCAUGAACUACCUUCCGCUGAGAGAAGCGUUCGGAGAGUUCUGCCAGAAAUCACUCUGCAGCGAGUCUUUCCAGUUUCUCCUGGAUGCUUCGGAGUUCAGAGGCGUGAUCGUCGAAGGCCCCGUCGACGGCGAUGCCAACGGCAGCGCCGAAGAGGAGAACGAGGCACCAACACACACGAGCGGGUUGGGGGACGUGGCGACCAUGGUGAACGAGUACAUCAAGGACGGUGCUCCCUCGGAGAUCAACAUCGGCAGCGACACCAAGCGCGACAUCAUGGAGCUGGCCAAGGUCGAAGCCUUCGCCUCGCUUGACCAGGAUGCGCGACUGCUGAUUUUCGUCCAGGCCGAGAGGGAGAUCAGGAGGAUCCUGGAAGACAAUCUCAUGGCUAGGUUCCUGGCGUCCGCACAAUACAAACGGGCUGUGGACGGUGACGGCCAUGGACGCGUGUAAGCCCCACACGGGGAGAGUAGACUACUGUCGGCACGCACGCAGCCGCUAGCAUCAACAUCGUGUUGAACGAUUGCAUUGGUUGAAAAAAUGAACUAGCGCGUACAACAUGUUUACCAGCAAGGGGAAAUCAACCACGAAAACUUAUCCUUGAGGCACCGGAAUCUAUUUUUGAGGCGACCGUAAUGUUGCUACGAAAGGUC